AUGAAUGAUACAAACAUAGAGGAAGAGAAGAAGGCCGCGGUGGAAGACACUUUGAGACGGCUAUAUGGUUUUUGGGCCGAAAGAGCGGUCGAGCAUGGGUCCACCGCCAACUUGGUAGAAUUUCUUCAUGAAAGUCUGGAGGAUGAUGCACUUGAGCUCGAAGAAGUAGAGUUGGCGCCAAGUGAGAUAGAUGAUUCAAAGGCGGAAGUCCAAGACCCUUUGUUAGAAAUCAACUUGGGGAUGGAAGACAACCAUCGACCGAUCUACAUCAGUGGUCUAAUGGAGCCAGAACUUCGGGUCAAGAUGGAAGAGCUUUUGAGAGAGUUCAAGGAUUGCUUUGCUUGGGAUUACACCGAGAUGCCUAGAUUGAGUCGUGACUUGGUCGAGCAUCGCCUACGAACAGUGGAAGAUUUCAAGCCCUUUAAGCAGUCGCCUCGCCGGAUGUUGGCGGAAGUAGAGUUACAGGUUAAGAAGGAAAUUGUAAGGCUUGUGAAAGCCAAAUUUAUUAGACCAGCUAGAUAUGUAGAAUGA